UUGAAGAACGGGAGUAAUAAGGAUUAUUUCCUUACUGGCAAGUGCUCGUGAUAGGUUGCUGUUAAAGCGGGCAGAUAGGCAGUGACCAGCAUUCACACCUGCAAGAGUCCUCUGCAGGUGGCAGUUGGAAAAGCAAAGCGGUGCACCCUCUCCUGGGGGACAGGCUCUUGCUUUCCCUUUGCUCGUCUGCAGCCAGGGUACACAUUCAUUUGACAUGGACCUGAUUUCCUCCUCGAUGGCUGGUCAUACAGACUCUUCUAGACUAACUAUCUCUGCCGGAUUUAGGGGGAUAUUGUUUUGUUGAUGUUGAGGGGAAAGAGACCUGUGAAAAUUCUGUCUGGGUAAGUGGCGGAUUCUCAGCGAUGGGAAGGAAGACUUAGAAGCCGCUGGGGAAAGCAGCCUUCCCCGGCCUCCACUUCUCGCCUUCUCCUUACUCUGCGAGUGGCCUCCCUUGGAGACCCCAGGGGGGCACAUCGGUAUUUGAUCCGCUCUUUUCCUUCUGGCAGCCGGCACUCGGAGGGGCUGGCCACACAUCACCGAGUUGCUGAAGCCGGCGCCCAGCCCCGCAGGCAGCUUUGGAAGGACCAGCUCCGGGCUCGCCUCCUCGCCGGGGUGGCUCUGCUUCGAGGCCCCCGGCGCGGUCCCACCAUGCGCGGCUGCGGGCGGCUGGCGCUGCUCUGCGCGCUGCCUUGCCUACUGCGGGCGGCGGCUCCCCGGCACCCGGCAGAGCCCCCAGCGCAAUCGGCAGCUCUGCACCGCGGUCGCCGCGACCCGGCCAGGGGUGCAGACUUCGAUCGGGUCUACAGCGGGGUGGUGAGUCUCAGCACCGAGAACAUCUACGCCUUCAACUACACCAACCAGCCUGGCCAGGUGACGGCCGUGCGGGUGCAUGUGAACAGUUCUUCUGAGAACCUGGACUAUCCAGUCCUCGUGGUGGUUCGCCAGCAGAAAGAAGUACUGUCCUGGCAGGUUCCUCUGCUCUUCCAAGGACUAUCCCACAGGAGCUACAACUACCAGGAAGUCAGCCGCACACUAUGUCCCUCCAAGGCGACCAAUGAAACAGGCCCUCUGGAGCAUCUGAUCUUUGUAGAUGUGGCUUCCAUGGCUCCACUUGGUGCCCACUACAAGCUGCUGGUCACCAAGAUCAAGCACUUUCAGCUCUGGACAAAUGUUGCCUUUCAUUUCACUGCCAGCCCCUCUCAACCUCAGUAUUUUCUAUACAAAUUUCCUGAAGAUGUGGACUCAGUUAUCAUUAAAGUGGUGUCGGAAAAGGCUUAUCCAUGUUCAGUUGUCUCAGUGCAGAACACCAUGUGCCCAGUGUAUGACCUGGACCACAAUGUGGAAUUUAAUGGUGUCUACCAGACCAUAACCAAGAAGGCUGCCAUCACGCUGCAGAAGAAGGAUUUUCCAGAUGAGCAGUUCUUCGUGGUAUUUGUGAUAAAGCCUGAAGAUUAUGCAUGUGGAGGAUCAUUCUCCAUCCAGGAAAAUGGGAACCAGACCUGGAAUCUACAACGAACAAAAAACCUUAAAGUGACCAUCGUCCCUUCCAUUAAAGAAUCUGUUUAUGUGAAAUCCAGUCUCUUCAUUGUCUUCAUUUUCUUGUCCUUCUACUUGGGAUGCCUGCUUGUUGUGUUUGUUCAUUAUGUGAGGUUCCAGAGGAAAGCCAUUGAUGGAAGCUUUGGCUCCAAUGACGGCUCUGGAAAUAUGGCCGUGUCACAUCCCAUCGCUGCCAGCACACCUGAAGGGAGCAAUUAUGGAGCAAUAGAUGAGUCAAGCUCCAGUCCUGGAAGGCAGAUGUCUUCCUCUGAUGGUGGGCAGCCAUGCCACUCAGACACAGACAGCUCUGUGGAAGAGAGUGACUUCGACACCAUGCCAGACAUAGAGAGUGACAAAAAUGUCAUUCGGACCAAGAUGUUCCUUUACCUGUCAGAUCUAUCUAGGAAAGACCGGAGAAUUGUCAGCAAAAAAUAUAAGAUUUAUUUUUGGAACAUCAUCACCAUAGCUGUGUUUUAUGCACUGCCUGUGAUCCAGCUGGUCAUCACCUACCAGACAGUGGUAAAUGUCACUGGCAACCAGGACAUCUGUUACUACAAUUUCCUCUGUGCUCACCCCUUGGGCGUCCUGAGUGCCUUCAAUAAUAUUCUCAGUAACCUGGGCCACGUGCUCCUGGGCUUCCUCUUCCUGCUGAUAGUCUUGCGCCGAGACCUUCUCCAUCGAAGAGCCCUGGAAGCUAAGGACAUCUUUGCUAUGGAGUAUGGGAUUCCCAAACACUUUGGUCUCUUCUAUGCUAUGGGCAUCGCACUGAUGAUGGAAGGUGUGCUCAGUGCUUGUUACCAUGUCUGCCCUAAUUACUCCAACUUCCAGUUCGACACCUCCUUCAUGUACAUGAUCGCCGGCCUCUGCAUGCUGAAGCUCUAUCAGACCCGCCACCCCGACAUCAACGCCAGCGCCUACUCUGCCUACGCCUCCUUCGCCGUGGUCAUCAUGCUUACAGUCCUUGGAGUGGUGUUUGGAAAAAAUGAUGUGUGGUUCUGGAUCAUCUUCUCUGCAAUCCAUAUUCUGGCCUCUCUGGCCCUCAGCACCCAGAUCUACUACAUGGGGCGUUUCAAGAUAGACGUGUCUGACACAGACCUGGGAAUUUUCCGACGGGCUGCUGUGGUGUUCUACACGGACUGUAUCCAGCAGUGCAGCAGGCCUCUGUAUAUGGACAGGAUGGUGUUACUCAUUGUGGGGAAUCUGGUUAACUGGUCCUUCGCCCUCUUCGGGUUGAUCUACCGGCCCAGGGACUUUGCGUCCUACAUGCUGGGUAUCUUCAUCUGCAACCUGCUGCUGUACCUGGCUUUCUACAUCAUUAUGAAGCUGCGCAGCUCUGAGAGGGUCCUCCCGGUGCCCCUGUUCUGCAUCGUGGCCACUGCGGUGGUGUGGGCUGCUGCCCUGUAUUUCUUCUUCCAGAGCCUCAGUAGCUGGGAGGGAACCCCAGCUGAAUCCCGGGAGAAGAACCGCCAGUGCGUCCUGCUGGAUUUCUUUGACGACCACGACAUCUGGCACUUUCUCUCUGCUACUGCCCUGUUUUUCUCGUUCCUGGUUUUGUUAACUCUGGAUGAUGACCUGGAUGUGGUUCGCAGAGACCAGAUCCCUGUCUUCUGAGCCUCCAGCAUCACGAGGGGAGAGGGAGCGACCCAUCUUGGUGCUGUUUCAUGGGAAAUAUGGUGACUGCAGCACACCCACUGCCAGAUGCUCCACUUGUGUCUUCAGAGUCAACGGUGUUUGCGUUCACACAGGAAGGAGAGGGCUUGGGGGUGAGUCAAACCUCAGGAAGGGUGGCAGAAGGGAAGCCCUGCUGUGCACAGAGGCCAACCCUGAGGUUCUGUUCGCAACUUAGAGUUCCAUUGGGACAAAAGCUGCAUCAGGUCAGCUCGCCACCUUGGUCCUUCCCAACCUCGCCUGAGAUUGGUCAGGGAAAGCAGCUACUUAUACUUACUACCUAGAACCUUUGGUGUGGCCAUCUCCACACCCCUGAGACAUCCGCUGCUCUAGAAGUCCAAAGCCCCAUCUUAUUUGUACAAGGUCCCAAAAGGACAUGAUUCCUCAGUAUGUGGUACAGAAGUGGGCCCAAGUCCACCCAGCUGGGACAGAUGUUUUCCUAGCACCAGCUAAGUGACCUCCUCAUAAGGAGCACUGACACCCCCAUCCCCCAAUUCCUGGCGCUAUUGAGCUAUUGGAAAGCUCAGGAUGGGACUUUGCCACCGGCUGUUCUGAACACAGCACCACCACUGGGCCCAAGGCCUGGGUGCUCACCUAUUUUUUAGUGUCUUCAUCUCACCGUUGGAUGUUGACCCCGUCCCUCUGAUACUGCCUUCAUAGAAGGGCCCUGUUCCUUCACAGACUUUCAGCUCCAAGAUGGAAGAGGAAAUGGAGAAAACUCUCCUAGAGCAGGGUAGUCUAAGAAACUGAGCAUAAGGUAGGCAGCCCUAGCCAUAAGAACUGGGGCCCCAACAAAGUGACAGUUUUUAUCCAGUCUUAGACACACAGCUCAAUCUGCGACUGCCUCCGCCUCUAAGACGAAAUAUGUGUUACCCAUAGCACUUUCCUGGGAUCCUCCACAACUGAUCCUCUCAUCUGUCAUUUAGGUAGAUCAGGGUCCCAGACUUUCUGCCUAAAGUUCUCAGCAGCAACUCAGGAUGGACACGUGUUCCUCUGUCUUUCUGUCUACAAAGAGCAUAGCUAAUUCAGUUGCCUCUUGCACCUGACUCUCAUUCUCUCCCCUAGUAAGGUGUGGAAAAGUUCAGCAUCCCAGUUCCCUUCUCUCACACCAUCUGGAAGGCCAAUUUGGACCAGGCUUCCUGGUUAUGUGGAAUAUGACACCAUCAGAAAGUAGACUGUACAAAUCUGCACACAUGUAUCUAUUUGCUUGUGAAAGUAAAGUCAAUCCUCACCUGCACUUUCCUGAUCAUUAAGGAAAUGGAUCAGAAAUUCCUCUUCUAAAAAUUAUUCUUUCUCUCAAAUAUUUGUGUACUCUUCAAACACAUGCUUUAGAAGUUGGAACAGUAAGCUUUUCCUGAUUUUACAAAUGCAAAGAUACUUUCCAUGAAAUAUUUUGUGUGGCUUUUUUUCUUUCUUUAAAAACUGCUCUCAAGUUUGUGAUUUGUUUUCUGUUAUUCUUUAGUCCUUAAAAAUUGUU